AGCGCGAAGGAUUCCCUCUGCUGAAAGUCGGAAUUGGCACGAGGAAUACGUGGCGCGGUCGGCUGUAUCAGCUGCUCUUUUAUCCUUUCCAAGGUGUGCACCUCCCACCCCGCGCCCCACCACGGCACUCACCUGUGUGCUGCGGUGCUUCCCCUGCGAGCCGUCCUGGGCCGGCAGCCCCUUCCUGCACCGCCCCCCUGCCCCGGCCCCGCCCCCGCCUGCCGUUACCAUGACGCGCUCCAAGACGUUCCAGGCGUACCUGCCCAACUGCCACCGCACCUACAGCUGCAUCCACUGCCGCGCACACCUGGCCAACCACGAUGAGCUCAUCUCCAAGUCUUUCCAGGGGAGCCAAGGCAGGGCUUACCUCUUCAACUCCGUGGUGAAUGUGGGCUGCGGGCCGGCCGAGGAGAGGGUUCUGCUGACGGGCCUUCAUGCCGUUGCCGACAUCUACUGUGAGAACUGCAAGACCACGCUUGGCUGGAAAUACGAACAUGCCUUUGAGAGCAGUCAGAAGUACAAGGAGGGCAAGUUCAUCAUCGAGCUGGCCCACAUGAUCAAGGACAACGGCUGGGACUGAGAGGAGGCAUCUCCAGAGGAGGGUGGGGUCGGGUGUGUGGAUGAGUGUGUGACUUUGGUUUGGUCUUACCUCUGCUUCCCAUCUCCCCAACCCCUUCCACUGAAACUCCCUCACAACCCCUGGGGAUCAUCCAGGGAAAACCUGAGCCAGGCUCCUCUGUCAAGAGUGUAAAGGUAGGAGAUCAGGUCCACUGGGACAGAGACUGAGGCGACAGAUGUUGUCGGGUAGCUUCUGCUAGGUUCAACACAAACCAGCUCUCCCAAAAUACGCGGACAGAUAAACGCGUACAAGCAUCUGGGGCAUCUCGGCCAAACGGGAGCUCUUCGGACCGAACUUCCCAGGAGGUUGUACCGCGCUUGUCCUCCGGGUGGAAAGUGCGACCGGCCGCGAGCGGUCAUCGGACCCGCGGGGUCUCGCGACUGCCGCGUAAGGAUGCCGAGCGCACGGGGUCUGCAAAAGCUAGCUGAUGCAAGGGGUGCUGGUUGCGCGGGAGUUAGGGCCCGGUGCCAGGGAGCGUGGUUAAAGGCCACCGGCCUCUUAAUAAAACUGCAGUCCGCCCCACUUUUCCCCGAGAGCCAAAAAAUCCACACGGAGAAACAGCAGGUCGAAAUAACAUCUUACCGCGUUUUUCCUGGCGCGGCGUACACAUCUGGGUUGGAUGAGCCGACGAAAGGUUCCGUCGAAAGUUUCCCGUUUGUUUACUCGUAAAAGCAGUUAAAUUAUUUUCAUGUUCUUUCACGUAAUUUGCGGGACUCACCUUUCGACGAUGCGUCCAUCGUGAAUGCGGUUAACGGUGUCGGGCGGUAACGUUAGCGGGCGAGUCGCGCCGAAAGCCGCCGCGAUGACGAGUUGCCCUUUGAGACGAAGCUCGUUGGAAGGAGCGUUCCGAAGCGGGCUUGGGCUUGAGCGACGCGCUCCGCUCGCAGAAGUCGGUUACGCUGCCUCCCGACUCCUCCUCGAAUCUCGUGCGAAGCAGCGGCCGGCGAGCGAACGCCGAGGGCCCGACCGGGGUCGCCGAAAGCCCACGCGGAACCAAAGAACUCACCCAUCUACACUAAGGCGACCAAACGAAUGAUCUGCUUUUCGCGAAAGAACGGGUUGAUUGUCGAAAGCCAUGUUUGCUGAUGGCCCUUUCUCUGGGACAUGAUGCAUCGUCUGCUUUUUGUAUAUUACAGAUGUUAAUAUAUAGAUAUAUAAAUAAAUAAAUAAAUAUAGUAUAUAUAUUCAGUAUGGACACAAGCAGCAUACUUUCUACAUAUGUAUGUAUCACGCGGUGUAAAUAAAUGUGUGUCAUUUUUGUUUUUGUUUACCAUCGACGAUUAUCGUUUGUUAUUUUAGCGUCCUCCGCUUUCUGUCCGGAGCGCCCUAGAGGGGCUGUGACAUUUGCUACUUUUCUACUCUUCGAAAACGUUUGAACGCGGUGCUUUUUUUUUUUUUUUUUUGUAAAGGACGAGGAGACGAUGGCAGUGCUAUUGGAGCGUCAUCAAUAAAAGUUCUCAGAGCAUCAGCCCUCGGUGUGCGUUUGGCAUCCUGUUCGUUCGGGUACCGAUUCGGCUCGUUUCGAACCCGGGAUCGGGUGGCUGGAUGGAGGGUCACAAACCAUGUUAAAGCGCUGAAGGCGCUCCUUUCUCACUCGUUUGUGUAUGAAAAAACUGUUGGUGACGCGUGAUUUAUGUUUUUUUUUUUUUUUUUUCUCCUUUCAAAUUCCUAUUGAGCAUCAUUUGUAUCAAAUCAGUCCCUCAGUUGUCAAAGAGUUUGCUAUAUUUUCUAUGAUAUAUUCAGUACUGUAAAUUCAGCUUUAAACUAUAAAUGAGAGCUCAGCUAAUGUGUUCGGUUUGAAUAAUGUAAAGCAUUCAUUGAACAGCACAAUAAAGCACAAUCGGCAAAAAGCGACAGACA